UUCUGUAUUCUUCUUGUACUACUAUUUACGGUAGUAAUGAAAGAAGACUUUCUGAAUCAUUAUAGUAGUUCGCAAAAUUGUAGAUAAUGAUUAGUUUAGAAUAUUCCUGGACAUUCUUGCGAUGGAAGACCGUUGCUUAUCGUCGCAUGACAUCAUAAUAUAUUUAUAGAAGAUUAAGAGAAAGAGAAAUUCAAGAGGAAUAAUAAAUUGCUUAAAUUCUUGUGUACAGCUUUUAAUCCAACUGUCAUAUGUCGUCUUCUAGACACAGAAGGAAGAGUGAAUGAACAAAAGUAAAUGGAAAUAUAAAGGCACAUUCUCUCAUCCCUUGCUUUGGUGGUGAAGUGUACGAAGUGUGUAUGUCUUCUUUCAAUAACACUUGACUACUAAUACUAGCUAAUAGACGAUAGUUAUAAAGAAAUAUUUGCUUGAAACAAAACUUUAUUAAGUUAAGUAUAUCAAUAUUGUUUUGUUACUAAUAUUAUAUUACUUAUUUAAUUGCACAGACAACUUGCUAAAGUCAUACAUUUCACAUGAAGUUUUAAAAGUUUGUUAGACGAUGAUGUUUAAAGCUGAAUCCGCAGUGUAAAUUAAAUCGUGAAUAAAUAAAUAAAAAUUUCUAUUUUUGAACAACUUGCUACGAAAUAGCAACAUCAAAAACAUGGAUUUCCAAAACAUAAAUCCUCUAAAUGUCCAGCUGAACAUGAUAUCAGGUAACUUGUUACCAAUGACCGCCGACAAUUCCUCUUUUCCGAUAUUUUGGAAAAUAUACAGCAUUCUAGUAUGGUUACUCGAAGUAGUCCAAAUAUGCGUAUUAGUGCCUGGGUGUAUUUUUGUGCCGAGAGAGAAGGCAAUGAACGACGGUCUGAUCACUUUUGUCAUUACCAUGGAAGUGGUUUCUGUAAUUGUACGAAUUCACACGAGCAGAGGACUAAUGCAACAAAUAAUUCAGAAAUUAAAUGUUAUUCUGCGCACGGAGGACGAAAUGAUGACGAAUAUAGUGACAACGACCAUAAAAUCUAUGGAGAUUCCUCUUAAGUUUUACUGGUUGUCCGGCGUGAUGGCCAUAAUAUUGUGGAGUGGUACACCAUUAAUAUUGAUCUUUCAAAAAAAUUCCUUUUACUAUGUAGAUUACAGACAGCCAGUUGUCUACAGCAAAGAACCAUUCACGACCAGUAUCUUUGUGAUGGGAAGUGUCAUCGUGAUGAUGAGCUGCGUGUACAUUUUCAUAAAGAAAGUCAGUGCGGAUAGCUACGUAAUCCAUAUCAUGUUGCUGACAAUGGCACAAUAUAAAUAUAUCGCAUUAAAACUAUCGAUGUUAUUUCAAGAUAAAUCGCUUCCGAAUAAUCACAGCAAAUCUAAUACAAAAACAUGUGAGUCUAAUAGAGAUUAUUGUUUAGAAAAAAGGAUAAAAACUUUAUGUCGGCAUCAUAAUACAGUCAUUCACAUAAUGAUAAUGCUAAGAAAAUUAUUAUCUUUAAAUAUCAGUUUAAUAUAUAUAAUAAGCGUUUUUCGAUUCUGCUGCAUUGCAUUAAUGAUGAUUGCAAUACCAUCAGAAAACUUGUGGGAAGCAUUUUUGCAUGUUAUGUAUGCAGCCGGUGGAGUAGUACAGCUCUAUAUAAUAUGUUCUUGUGCGCAACAACUAUUAGAUGCGAGUGUUGAAAUAACGGAUUUUGCAUUUCACGAAGGCUGGUACCGACACGGAAUAUCCAUAACACGUACAUUUCUGUCUAUGAUAAUGGCUAAUAAUUUAGAAAUUAAUUUGUCAACAUUUAAAAGAUACAAUUUAUCUCUGUCUUCAUUUAUGGUAGUAAGUUUUAUAUGUAUUCCCUGUGUCAUAUUUAGUAUUCCAUUAAUAUUAUAAAAAAUAUUUUAAAAUGUAUAUUAUAAAUUUCCGACAUAAUAUUUUAGAUUUUAAAUCAAUCGUAUACAAUCGCGCUUUUCCUAUUAAAAACUUAUUAAAAGAUUUUGACAAAAUUUUAUGUAUAGAGUAAGUAUAUACUUCUUAUAUAAAUAAAAUAUAAGGAUUAAUAUUUUGUAAAAUAUCUGUUUUUCUAUAAUACAUAAUUUUUGUUUUAGUAAAAAUAAUAUUACGCGUGUAGUAUAUAUUAGCUUAUUAGUUGAAUAAAAAUUUUAACAGACGGUAAGCAACUACUUAAAAAAAUGUAGAUUUUAUUUAAUAGAAAGCUGAAUAAAACUUUUAAUUAUUUGUAACAAUAUAAA